GAUCGGUUUAUCCUGAUCUACUUCCCUCGUGCGUGAACCAGCUGACCUCUAGUUGCCGCACUACGAUACGAGGUGCCGUCGAAUACUUGGCUGCAUUUGAAAAGAUCCGACGCCACAGUUCAAGUGUAUAAAGGUCGCCACAAACUGCGAUUUUCCAUCAGAUCUCGGGGUCUUGCCCAUACAUCAGAUUACCCACCAUGUGGAAAGUUAGGUCAGACAGGAUGCCCUAUUUUGGCCUUACAGGGAUGGCACUGAACGCUUGGGUCAAUGUCGCGUGUAUCACGGCUAUGACGCUUUUUGGAUACGAUCAAGGCGUAUUUGGCGGGAUCAUCGUCACGGACGACUUCUUGAAGCAGAUGGGUUACCCCGACUCGAGCCUCCAAGGCACAAUCGUGUCUCUGUACGAUACUGGAUGUUUCAUCGGUGCCAUGAGCUCGUUCGUCAUUGGUGAAAGAUUUGAGCGGAAGAAGAUGCUCAUGUUCGGAGUCAUUGUGAUGUCCGUUGGAGCCAUCAUACAAACGUCCUCUUAUAAUGUACCAACAAUCAUUGUCUCUCGUAUUAUAACUGGUAUAGGUAAUGGCAUUAAUACAGCUACUGCCCCAGUUUGGCAAAGCGAGACUACUAAACCCUCUCUUCGAGGAAAGGUUGUCGUCCUUGGAAUGAUGUACGGGAUUACCUUUAUUUCUUCAUGUACGCACGAACACGGAAUAACGUCUCUUCCUAGUAUGAAUAUUGCGGGAUAUGCGAUCAGCAAUUGGAUGACGUUCGGACUGAGCUAUGUUGGAGGAAACAUCAGCUGGAGAUUCCCCCUCGCCUUUCAGCUUGUCUUUUCGGUCAUCAUGCUCUGCACUGUUCCGUGGCUUCCCGAGAGUCCUCGUUGGCUUCUUGCUCAUGGGCGUGAGGCAGAGGGUGUGUUAAUUCUCAUCGUGCUUGAAGGAGAGCAUGUCAAAUCGACAGACACUACUAUCGUUACGCAGAAGGCGGAGAUUCUUGAGGCCGUUCGCAUUGAAAGGGAGACCUCUCCAAGCUUGUCGGACCUCUUGCACGGACGUACUGGUGAGACUGGUAUGGUAAAGCGCAUGUGUCUCGGCGCGGGAACGCAAUGGAUGCAACAGUUGUCUGGAAUCAAUGUCACCAGCUAUUAUCUUCCUCUCGUCUUGCAAAACUCUGUCGGUCUAUCGAACCGUCUCUCUCGGCUCCUCGCUGCCUGCAAUGCCAUCUCUUAUCUCGUCUUUUCCUUCGCCGGCCUUCAUCUUAUCGAGCGAGCUGGUCGGAGAAAACUCUUGAUAUGGGGUGCAGCAGGCCAGGCCGUAUGUUAUAUCUUCAUUUCUGCCUUGCUCUCUCAGGGCGGGACGAAUUAUGGUGCUGCUGCGACCGCCUUCUUCUUCGUGUACUAUAUCUUUUUCGGUGUCUGUUGGCAGGGCGUUCCGUGGCUGUACCCUGUGGAAAUCAAUUCCCUGUCGAUGCGAACAAUGGGCGCGGCGUUAGCCACUGGAAGUAAUUGGAUAUCCAAUUAUUGUGUCGUACAAGCGACGCCUCCAGGUAUUCAGCACCUCGGCUGGAGGUUCUACCUCAUCUGGAUGACGUUCAAUAUCGUGAUUAUUCCUGUCGUAUACCUCUUUUACCCGGAGACUUCAAAUAGACAUCUAGAAGACAUAGAUCGUUUGUAUAGAGAACACAAGGGAAUGGUCUUUGUGUUCCGAAACAAAGAGGCCAUACAGAUGGAACGACCAGAGCGCUACUCAUUGACAGAUGAAGAGAGGGUAUCUCAGGUGAAAAAGAAUCUAGUUGAUGUAGGAAUUAUAAACCAUUUGGAGCAUGCAGAGAACGAGGAGGAUACGUAGAAACCAGGAAAGUACUGAGUUCGACGAACAGCGUAUGACAACCAUCGAGUAUUUAUCGUACGUCAUACUAUUCGACGAUUUUACUGGAUGAUGAAGGAUAUGAUUGACACGGAGAAUGAAGGCGAGUUUACCCUCUCCGAGCAGACAUGUCGGGGUGAGAAUAAACGCUCAAGGGAGGGAGGCCCCCGGGGAACGCGGGCAUGUUAACUUAGUUGCCGGGAUCAUCCGGACGCAACGGUUGCCCAAAAUAGGAGUAUGAAUAAUCUUU